CUCUCACCCUCCGCGGUACAGCGGAGUUCGCGUGCGCGGGACGCUGGAUACGUCACUCACGCGCCAGCAUGAUCCUAGUCUCUUUUUUUAGAGACUACUUUUAAUCAUCAGAGUUUUGGCCUGUUUUCUUAAAACAAGGCAACACGUUAAUAAGCGGUUAAUGCUGUAAAAUGAAUGCAAGUGUCAAAAAUGUCAGCGCAUCCAAAUCCUCAAAGAAGUCCAGCACACAGACAACCAUCAGCAGAUUCUUUACAAGUGCAAACGAUAAAUCUCAACUGACUGACCAGCCUGGGAUUAAACGCCAGGACGGACGCCAUGAGGGCAGAGGAAAGAAGAGGUUGUCUGAUGGAGGAACGUCCUCAGAGAAACGGCCCAAACUCUCUCACAGUGUGGAGGAGGAGUGCAUGGCGACCCCCAGCUCCUAUAAGAUGGUAUCCUCUAGAGCCAGCGUCAGCCGUGCCACCCUGGCGAGGCUAAAAGAUUUCAGCUGCCCCGGGAGCUCAGACAGCCAAGCCUCCGAUCGGCUUGUAAAGAUGGACGUGGAGCAUUCUUCCCCACGACAACACAAUGCAAUGCGUUCCUACAAUCAGCUGGAGGAAGAGGUCAAAGAAGAGCCUAUUAAGAUUAAACAGGAGGUUUCCUUCAGUCAGCCUGCUAAGAAUGCUGUGAUCAAAAAGAGUUCAGAAGAGCCUGGUGUUCCCAACAGGAGAACCAAGACUAUAUACACUCCUCUAGAGGAGCAGUACAUGGAGAUCAAAAAGCAUCAAGCAGACACAGUGCUUUGUGUUGAGUGUGGCUACAAGUACAGGUUCUUCGGCGAGGAUGCAGAGAUCGCUGCAAAGGAGCUCAACAUCACUUGUCAUCUGGACCAUAACUUCAUGACGGCCAGCAUCCCUACUCAUCGCCUGUUUGUUCACGUUCGGCGACUGGUCUCUCAGGGCUACAAGGUAGGUGUGGUCAAGCAGACCGAAACCACAGCCAUCAAGGCCUCCGGCACCAACAAGAGUUCUCUGUUCACACGGCAACUACAUGCACUUUACACCAAAUCCACGCUUGUGGGAGAAGAUGUCAAUCCUCUGCUCAAGCUGGGAGAUUUGGAGCAAGCUGAAGAUGUGGUGCAGGACAGUGGUAACAACUAUUUGAUGUGUGUGAGCGAGAGUUUUGAUAAACAGAGCAAGGAGCUGACUGUAGGGUUGGUGGUGGUCCAGCCGAGCAUUGGGGACCUGAUGGUGGAUUGUUUUAAAGAUAACGCUUCCCAUUCAGAGCUGGAAUCCAGGGUACUAAAAAUACAACCUGUAGAGAUCCUGGUGCCUUCCAACAUUUCAGAGGUGACUGAGAGGUUAUUACGCAACAUCGCUCUGUCCAGUGUUCAAGCUGAUGACCGGAUUCGCCUUGAGAAACGAGAAAGCUCCAUGUUUGAAUACCCAGCCGCGAUGGGAAUUAUCAAAGAUUUCUACAGGGACACCCCUCAUUCAGCUGGGGGAAACCAAGAAAAGGGUUCCUACUCCCUCUGUAUGAGUCUGGAGAGCCCCAUCAUCUGCUGUCUUGGUCCUGUGAUCCAGUAUCUGACUGAGUUUAAGCUAGCAAAGAUUUUACUAUGUUCCAGCUCGUUCAAGCGGCUGUCGAGUGACGCAGACCACAUGCAGCUCAAUGCGGCUACCGUGAAGAAUCUGGAGAUCCUGUGCAACCAGACCACAGGUUCAGUAAAAGGUAGUCUGCUGUGGGUUCUGGAUCACACUCAGACUCCAUUUGGGAAGAGACUGUUAAGAAAGUGGGUGAGCCAGCCGCUGAAGUCUGUGAUUGAUAUCCAGGCUCGGCAGGAGGCAGUAGCAGAAAUUUUGUGUUCUGAGUCCAGUGUCCUUCCCUCACUCCAGUCUCUGCUAACUCGUCUACCCGACCUCGAGAGGGGACUUUGCAGUAUCUACCACAAAAAAUGCUCUACUCAGGAAUUUUACCUCAUCUCCAGCACUCUCUCUCGCCUGAGUGCUGAGCUUCAAGCCCUCAUGCCUGCCAUCCAAUCACAGCUCAGCUGUGCUCUUCUAAAAAACCUCCUACAGGACAUACCUCAGCUUUUAAGCCCCGCCUACAACUUCUUAAAAGUACUGGAUGAGAAAGCUGCAAAGACAGGUAAUAAGACAGAGAUGUUUGUGGAUCUGACUGACUUCCCAGUGAUCCAAAACAGAAAAGAGGAAAUCCAGAGUGUCCUAUCAGACAUAAUGGAGCAUCAGCGAGAGGUUCGCCUUGUGUUAAAAAACCCUUCUUUGGACUACACCACAGUGUCUGGCCAGCAGUUUCUCAUUGAAGUAAAGAACAAUAUGUCAUCUAUAGUCCCAGCAGACUGGGUCAAAAUCAACAGCACUAAGGUUGUGGGCCGCUAUCACACCCCAUUCAUUGUAGAGAAACAUCGGCGUCUGCAGCAACUACGAGAGCAGCUGGUUAUUGACUGUAAUCACGAGUGGAUCAACUUCCUUCAGCUAUUUGGGGACCAUUACUACAUCCUGAGGAAAGCAGUGUGUCACCUAGCAACCAUGGACUGCCUCUUCUCAUUGGCUCAGGUUGCUAAAGAAAAUAAUUACUGCAGGCCAGAGGUUCAUGAAGAUAAAAGUCAGAUUUUGAUCACAGCAGGCAAGCAUCCGGUCAUUACCUCGUUGAUGGGAGAUGAGGAUCAAUAUGUCCCCAAUGACACUCACUUACAGGGGGAUGGCAAGCGAGCCAUGAUCAUCACUGGGCCCAACAUGGGUGGCAAGAGCUCUUACAUCCGACAGGUUGCUCUGGUGACAAUCAUGGCACAGCUGGGAUCCUUUGUUCCUGCCAGAGCGGCUUCAGUGGGCAUUGUAGAUGGCAUAUAUGUCAGCCCAAAAUUGCUGUUAUGGCAGCCAGACUGAUUCACUGCAGAAACGUCUGACGGGAUCUUUAUGGAUUGUACAUCAUCAAUUGCACGAGCGCUGUUUUAUCACGAAUAACGAGUUCAAAUGAUUUUAUACAAUUUAGAAAGUAAGCCCAGUUAAUGUUAUGUUAAAUUUUAAACACAAUAUUGUCCGUUUUGCUGAGAAAAUAUUUCCUUUAAAGCCACAUCAGAAUUGUUCAAUUACUGAAUGAAUCUGCAUUUUGAACGAAUCCAGUGAUUCAAUAGCCUGUUCAUAAACUGAGCUACUUGAUUCCUGAAUGAAUGAAUGAAUGAAUGAUGAUAUAAAGACAUUUAUUACCACCUGUUGACAGUGUUUAUUUAGAGUAUCAUUUCAAUAAAAACUAAAUCUGAAAAAGAUGACUGUUAAUAACUAUGCUAGUAAAACACAUUUGAUAUAAACAGUAUGAUUGCCAUUAAUGCAAUUCUUAAGGUUAUGACCUGUCAACCUUUUAAAACGACUCGUACAAACACGCCCCCACUUUUCUACAUCACAGAGUGGGGUAAUUUUCUUACACCACCCAAAUAUUUAUGCAAAGAAAGAAGGUGGCGCAGUUAUUCUGGCUGUAGUGUUGUUAAGGGUGCCAUUUUCAGGAGACUGUGUAUUAUUGUGAAAGUGAAACUACUUUGUCUCUGCUUCCAAAAGAGGACUAGAAAUCAGUGGCUAAGUUGUAUUUACAAGAACAGUUCAUAUUAGAGUGUGUUAAGCACAUUUACAGAGAACUAUUUUCUUGGAGCAGUCUAUGCUAACUGCGCUAUAAAGUUGAGAAAUUCUAGCUCUGCAAGGACAGUCAGGUGCUUCUGACUCAAAACCUUUAACUAAGUUGCAUUUUCUUAUUAAAAGAACCUGCUACUUACUAUUCAAAUGCAAGUUUUGAGCAGUGAAGAGUAACAUUAGUGCUUGUUGUUUUGUUGUUUGUCGUUUCUCGAUUACAAACGGGACACAUUAAAGCACAGGACUAAGUCAUGAUAGUCAGUUAUGUCCCCACUGGAUUUAACAAAUGUCUUGUUUGUAAUGUGUUUUAUUGUUUUUGUCAUAGGACUGGGACAUGGCAUCUUGUUAUGGUAAGGAGAGUAACAUUUCCAGCAGAUGCUUGAGGUAUUCUGGCAAUCACAGUGCGCUGGAUAGCUGGCCAAUCAAAGCACACCUCGCUUUUUUUUUUUUUAGAACGAUGAGCUUUGUACAAAUUGACCAGAAAGAAACAGAUUUUUUCAGAAAACGGGGCUUAUAGGAGAAACAAUUAUGUUCAAUAUGUGGAAAAUCAUUUGUUUUUUGCACCUUAAACCACAUAAACGCAUUGCAUUACACCGAAUGCUAAAAAGAACAUUAUUUUGUGUAACAUCAAAUGACCCCUUUAAAAUGGAAAUGUGGUCGUGCAGCUUCCUGGGAGAAAUCUGCUGACAGAAACAUGAAAAUGAAAUGCCUGUAGUCAAACUGUUCGGAGGUUAAAAUACAAGAAAACAUUUAGAGACAAAAGCAACAAAUAGAAUGAAAGUGGCAGUUUGUUAAUGUGUUUCACAGCAAAGCUACAUAUACCAUCUGUGUUCCCUCUCGAGCCCGGCCAAUAGCUGCACUAUUAGUCCAGCUAAAGCUUGUCUGUGGCAUUUUAUUCAAUUUAAAAGUAGGAUGAAGCCCCUUACCAGGAUAAUGGGAAUGAUUUUCAGAUUAGCUGGUAACAAAGAAUAAUUCUGUGUUGUGGGGAUUAUGUACAUGACCUGUAAUGGCCAGCACAUUAUUUGGCUCAUAUCUUGCUUAAUGCUAUUGCAAUUGGUCUGAAUUAGGGAGACUUUACAUUUUGCUUUUCUGCUAACCAUCGGAAAAAGAAAAAAGAGAACUCCUGCAGUACAAAUAUACCCCAGAGGUUUGUUCACUUCUACAUCAUGAUUGUUCAACAACGUCUGCUUUUUCCUGCACUCUCAGCAACUUAUGAAAUAAUGAGGUGCUGUGUUUGCCUAAGCCAUUCGAUAUUUGUGUGGUGUUCAUAUUUGAUGGUAGUGACCUUUUAUAGCUUUGAAAAUGUUAUCAGCAGCCAAAUCAGUUUUUUAUUUUACUUAAACACUGCAUAGUCACACCAGUAAUGCAUUUUACGAGUAUUUGUAGGUCCCUUUCCUCUGCCUUUCAUGGUUAAGAAUUGGUUUUAUCAUUCUUAAUUGUGACUCAAGUCUUUGUAAUGAGCCUAAAUACUGUCACUGAAGAACCUUUAUAACUCUACAGUUACAAAUGCUGUUUGUAACUUAAAACCCUAAUGGUUUGAUCAGAGUUAAAAAUCUGUCAUCCACUUGCUCUCAUGUCAUUGUAAACCUAUAUGGCUUUAUUUUGUGUUUAUAACACUAAGGGCAGAAUAUUCUGGACUUUUAGUAUAAUAAAAUGCAACUAAAAUUGUCAAAAUUGAGCAUUGUCCACACAUAGUUCUUGAUUUAUAUGGAUGACUCUGAUGACACUUUUCUGGUGCUUUUUAUCUUUUUUUGAAGUUUAAAGGCCCAUCCGUUGUAAUUGUAUUGAUAUGAUUAACUGCCAUAUAUAAGUUACUUGUUUGUGUUCCACAGAAGAAGAAAAGUCUUACAACGUGAGAGUGAUGCAUUUUAAUUUUUUACCAACAUAAUGCUUGUUUAAUUAAAUUUUUGGU